AGAAUGGCAUCAAAAGCAGCUCAGAUGGUCUGUAUGACCCUCGGGGUCAUCGGCCUGAUUGGGGUCACCACCUGUUGUGCCUUCUUUCAAUGGAAAGUGACCAUUUUCAAAGGAGUGAACAGCGAACAGGUGGUUUAUGAAGGUCUCUGGAUGAACUGUGUGACGCAGGCCACAGGACAGUUGCAGUGCAGAGUGUACGACCCCUUGAUGGUGUUGCCCUCUGACCUUCAAGCCGGCCAGCCCAUGACCGUCAUCAGCUGCAUCCUCUGUGGUCUCAGCCUCCUCAUCCUGUUCUUUGGUGCCGACUUCACCCCAUGUGUUCAGAACCAAGGCACCAAGACCAUACUCCUCCUGGUGGCCGCAGUGGGCCUGCUGCUGGCCGGCCUGCUGGUGAUCAUCCCGGUCAGCUGGUCGGCACACAUCAUAAUAAGAGAUUCCAACAACCCCAUCCUAAUAUGGGUCCAGAGGAGAGAGCUGGGAGCCAGCAUCUACAUCGGCUGGGUAGCUGGUGUGAUACUGAUCCUGACUGGAGUUCUGCUCUGCUGCUUCAGCAGACCCAGAUCCAGCAGCUCUGGUCGAACCGUCAAAUACCACAGAGCUUCAGGUCUAAAUGACAACUAAAUUUAGUGGUUUUAUGGAAGAAACUGGGGUCCAAUAGUGUGACAAAGUGGUUCAGUUUGUGUUCACCACUUGUUCCUUAUUCUUUCUGAUUCACUUACUUUCUAUAUUUGGCUAUAAUGACUAAUGUAAAGAGAUUAUUAAUGCUUUAUCAGACAGAUGUUGAAAUGAUUUUGACCAGAAGGUUCA